AUGGAGUCGAGCUCCUCGACAGCCGCCGGCUCGGCUGCGAUGGCUAGCAAGCCAAAGCCCAAGGACUUCAGUCACUACUACUCCGUUACGACGGCACAUCGGGUGCCCAGUGCUAUGAAGGCAUACUACAAGUUCUUCAGAAUCCCUGGUGUUGGAAAUUUGGCUGGUGGCCUGCCGAAUUUACGGUUUUUCCCCUUUGACACCCUCGAGGCGCAAACAGCUAAGCCGGAGCGGUGGACGCCCUCGCCCAACAAGCCCAAUGUCGUGGACGAUCUCUCCGAAUCCACCGCUUCGCUGAAGAUUGACGGAUCCGGCUCCUCCGAUCCCGCCGCGGCGUCACACAUCACCGUCCCGAAAGCCCUGUCCGACGACACCGAUCCGGAGAAGAAGAUCGACCUCGCGACAGCGCUUCAAUAUGGCCUGGCCCAGGGGUACCCACCUUUGUACUCGUUCCUCCGACAGUUCGCCCGCGAGCGCCUGCACCCCAAUGUGCCCUACGAGGGCGGUGUCGAUGUCUGUCUAACCGUCGGGUCGACGGAUGGCAUGUCCAAGACGUUGGAGCUGUUUGUCGAUCCAUGGAGCCCCGAGACGGGCGACGUUCGCGACAGGCCCGGCCUGCUGUGCGAGACGUUCGUAUACGGAAACGUCUUGAGCCAGUCGCAGCCGAAGGGCGUGCAGAUCGUGCCCGUCAAGGCUGACGAGGGCGGCAUGGUGGCGACGGGGCCGGGAAGUCUGGAUGACGUUCUCACCAACUGGGACUACUCCAAGGGCCGGAGACCACACUUGUUGUACACCGUGACAAUGGGCCACAACCCUACCGGCAUACUCCUCUCCCUCGAGCGACGAAAGGAACUCUACGCCAUCGCCUCCAAAUUCGACGUCCUCAUCAUCGAGGAUGACCCCUACUGGUACCUUCAAUUCCCAUCUGCAGCCAUCGAGGAAGGCAAAUCCCGCAACAGACCACCAGUCGCCGACGCCCUGUCCACUCCCUACAAGCCUGAAAAGACCUCAGGGUAUCCCUUCCUCGACUCCCUCGUCCCGUCCUUCCUCGCCGUCGACACAGACGGCCGCGUCAUCAGGCUCGACACCUUCUCCAAGACGGUCGCGCCGGGCUGCCGGCUGGGCUUCAUAACGGCGCAGCCGGACCUGAUCGAGCGGUUCGUGCGGGUGACGGAGUCGUCGACGCAGCAGCCGUCGGGCUUCGUGCAGAGCGUGAUCUCGCAGCUCAUCAUCGGCAAGCAGCCGGCCGAGGUAGAGCGGUCGUGGCUGUCGCUGCGCAAGAAUAGUGAGCGGGCCGCCUUCAGCGGCUGGAACACGGACGGCUGGGUGCGGUGGAUCGAGGGCCUGCGCGGCGAGUACGAGCGCCGCAUGAACCGCAUGUGCCGCAUCCUGGACGAGGGCGCCACCUACGUCAAGCAGGGCACGCCCCGCGCCCCCGCCGACGCCGACGUGUGCGUCCUCACCAAGACGCAGCUGUACGACUUCUCGUGGCCCCGCGGCGGCAUGUUCGUCUGGAUCAGGGUCUUCUUCGAGCAGCACCCGCUGUUCGGCGCCGCCAGCUCCGACGGCAAGGAUAUCAUCGACGGCACGGCCCUGGCCACGGGCCUGCUCAUCCACCUGACCAAGAGCCCCUACAAGGUGAUUGUCAGCCCAGGCAUGAUGUUCUCAGCCACCGAGGAGAUCCGCAGGAACGUCGGCUGGCAGCACUUCCGGCUGUGCUUCGCCGCCGAGACGGAGGAGAACGUGGACCUGUGCUCGGAGAGGUUCGUCAAGGGCGUCAGGAAGUACUGGGCUAUCAAGAAGGCCAAGGAUCUGGAAGAUCUCAUCAAGGAGUCGCCCGUGGCCGCACAAGAUGCCGACGGCGAUGACGAGGAGGACAUUGGAAAUCUGGGGUUAUACCUUGGGUGUUAA